AUGGCUGUGACGUUCGAUAUUUUAAAGGGACAUAAGGAUUUUGUCACUUCGAUGCUGAAUCAUCCCCUUGGGGUGGUAAGUGGAUCGGAAGACAAAACUGUAAGAUUAUGGGAUCUGCGUGUGAACCGCGCUGUAAAGUGCAUUUGUGGAGCAAUCUAUGACGAUGUUUCUUGUCUGAGCCAAUUUCCUGGAAAUGACAAUUAUAUCUGUGUGGGAUGCGAUACAUCUGCGAUGAUUUUUGAUUUGAGAAAUACUAGCACUAUAAUAAGGGACCUUGUGACUGCUUCAAGUUGUAAUGAAGACUGUGUGAAUCGGAUUCGUCCAGUAACUGUCGACCAAGAUAAGCUGAUUGCAAUUUGCGAUGAUAAGGGGGACAUCGUUCUCUGGAACUGUGAAACGAACGAAGAGGAUAUCGUAAUUCAGUCUGUGCAUAAAUCAAUCUGUUCAGAUAUACUGAUCAUUCCAUCCGAAGAGGAGUCGCCAUUGCAGUGUUUUCUCAUUUCUAGGCCAUUAAUCCUAUCUGGGGGAUACGAUCAGGCCGUAUAUCUCACCGAUCUCGAUGGUGUUUCGAAAUCCUCUUGGAUGAUCACCCCUCUUCCUUCAAGCCUUCCUGCAGUGAACCCUCCCUUUGUUACCUGCCUUGCGCGGAAUGAAAUGAAUGGUAAUUUGUACUGCGGAGCCAUGGACGGGAGCAUUCGUUUCUUGUCGAAUUCGAAGGAUUCUUCUGGCUUGGCUGCAGUCCAACCCGUGAUUUCUUGCCACGCUGCGGGAAUAUCGGACCUUCAAUCUUUUCACAAGCAGAACCGGCAUUUGCUGUUAAGUUCGGCGAAUGACGCGCUGUUCUGCAUUCACCAAGAAGAGAAUCGGUUGGAGAAUUUGUUUGUGGAGAAGUCUCGAUUGGAGCUGAAUUGGAAGCCUAACUGCUUUGUUGUGGUUGGAGAUGAUGUGUUUCUGGGAGGAGUGUCUUCGGGGAUUCUGAGAGCGAAUGUAAUCGAAAUGUGUGUGUUUCUGAAUGCUUCGGGGACAAAUGAGUUACGGAUUGAUGGUGGUGAAAUGAGAUAG